CCACAGGAGCGAACUCCGUGUUGAAUAACAUAGCUGAUUUUAGGGGUCCAUCUUUUCUAUUUUGAGUUUGCAUUGUGAUAAAUACCUUAACAAAACACCAUUUUUGGUGUUAGUUAGGCGACGAGCCGAGCCGAGCCGAGCAGAGAUAAACCAAAAGAGCGAGUGCACCGAAGAUGGCGCGGAUGUGGAUUAAUUGUGCGGCAUGCAUUCUCUUCAUUUACUUGCUUGCUUCAGUUCCAUUAUCAACUGUUGCUAAGAAGUCAAGUGAUGUUGUAGAGCUGCAAAUAGGAGUGAAGCACAAACCAAAAUCAUGUGAUAUUCAAGCUCACAAAGGUGAUCGAAUCAAGGUCCACUACCGGGGUUCUCUUACAGAUGGGACUGUUUUUGAUUCGAGUUUUGAGAGGGGAGAUCCAAUUGAAUUCGAACUUGGCAGUGGUCAAGUAAUCAAAGGUUGGGACCAAGGCCUUUUGGGAAUGUGUGUUGGAGAGAAACGCAAACUGAAGAUACCUUCCAAAUUGGGUUAUGGAGAUCACGGAUCCCCUCCCAAGAUCCCAGGUGGAGCGACUCUUGUAUUCGAUACAGAGCUUGUUGCUGUUAAUGGGAAACCUGGUAAAAGCGAUGGAGAUAAUGAGCUAUAAAUGAAAUCUUUCCACUAAAUUUAGAUAGUAGUCUAAGGUUGGUAUGUUAAAUUGUUUGGCCUUGAGUUUCUUAUUUUGGAAAAGCUCACCAAAUUGAACAAACUAUGACUCUUUGUCUCACUGGAAUGGGAAAUCUAGGUUGAAUGAGUUCAAAUACUGAAAGGUUAAAUACCAAUUUUUGUUUCAUUACUAAUUCAAUAGACAGAAGAUAUAAGGUUCGAAUUUUUGGUA